ACGAUCUGUCAAAUUCUAUUUUACACGGUGUACAAAAAUGUAUUAGAAUAAACAUUUUAUUGAAUAGUUAAAAAGUGAAAUACAGCAUAUACAAUGACGAAAAAAUCAGAUCCACUAAAGUUUACUGUCACCAAAACUGCAUUGCUUCCUGGUUUCUUUUUUGCAUUACUUUUGCGUUGGUGUGUUGCCGCGUAUCCUUAUUCUGGAUACAAUAAACCGCCAAUGUAUGGAGAUUAUGAAGCUCAGCGUCAUUGGCAAGAAAUUACCGUACAAACACCAUUGAUAAACUGGUACAGAAAUACAUCGCACAAUGACUUGAAUUACUGGGGGCUAGACUAUCCGCCACUUACCGCAUACCACAGUUAUCUGCUUGGACUUAUUGCCGACUGGUUAGAUCCAGAAUCAGUUCGCCUUUUCGCUUCGAGAGGAUACGAGAAUGAAAACCACAAAAGUUUUAUGAGAUGGACUGUUUUUUUGAGUGAUUUGUACUUUUAUAUCACAGCAGUUAUGUGUAUAUGUAUUGACGUGGAAAGAAUAAGAGCGAAAGAUGAUAAGAAUGUAUUUAAAAGAACAGAUAUAUCAUUCAUUAUGUUUUUAUUAUAUCCGGGCUUAAUUUUAAUAGACCAUGGACACUUCCAGUACAAUUGUGUAUCACUUGGAUUAUUUCUGUGGGCUACUUUUUUUAUAAUCGCUAUAGAGAAUGAUAUAUUGUCAACAAUAUUUUUUGUUCUUGCACUUAAUUAUAAACAGAUGGAGCUGUACCACGCAUUUCCAUUUUUUUUCUACUUUUUAAGAAAAUGCUUUUGUGGAGUGCCAAAUAGAGGUAGAAAAGCGCAUAUUAUAAAUAGAUUUAUUUGUUUAGCUGUAACAGUAGUGACAUGUUUUGUAAUUAUCUGGUAUCCUUUCAUUACUUCUUGGGAUAACUUGGUCCCUGUUGUGAAAAGAUUGUUUCCAUUUCAAAGAGGUGUCUUUGAAGACAAAGUAUCAAACUUUUGGUGCACUGUUAAUGUUUUUAUUAAACUUAAAAAUGUCUACACAAACGAUGAAAUGGUCACAAUGUGCUUUUUAACAACCUUAAUGGCAUCAAUGCCAUCUUGCUUAGAUCUUUUUUUUAGAAUUAAUAGGAAAAAAUUUGUUCUUUCUCUCAUCAAUGUCUCCUUGGCAUUUUUCUUGUUUUCAUUUCAAGUUCACGAGAAAACUAUUCUCGUUGUAGCAAUUCCUGUGGUAAUACACUUUCCAGAUGACCCAUUUAUGUGUUUCUGGUUUUUGUUAGUAUCAACAUUUAGUAUGCUGCCACUUUUACUCAAAGAUCAUCUAUUGAUACCAUAUAUUGCAACGGGCUUAGUAUAUAUAUCUGCUUACAGUAUAGUAUUAAAUUUAGCGCAGCCGAAUUCAUGGUUUUUGUCAUUUUUAAAUGCUAAUGGAGUGUAUAGCAUAGUUGCCCCCAAUAAUAAACAUAAUUCUGUUUGGUUAAAAUUACUAACAACAUGUUUCUUUCUAUCUCUGCAAGGUAUGUUUUGGUUGCAUCUUGGCACCAUCUUUGUUAAGCCACCUGAUAGAUACCCCGACUUAUUUCCUGUACUUAUAUCCGUAUUCUCGUGUUUGCAUUUUAUAUUAUUUUUCAUAUAUUUCCUCCAGAAACAAUUUUCAAUGCCAACUGAUUUGCCUAUAAAAAUUAAGCCAAAGAAAAAUAACUAGUUUAUAAUAUAUUUAGAUGGUUAAAUGUUGUUACACAUUCCAAAUAAAUGAAUUAAUGUAGUUUC